UGCUGCUGCUUCUGCUGCUCGCCCGGCUCGGCGCGGCGGAGCCCCCGACAGACAUUCUUUCCCAGCUGCCUGCCCCUCAGAACCCGAAGAUUCACCUGUACAAUGAAGAGCAGGUCCUGACCUGGGAGCCAGGUGGUGACAUGAGGCCGACGGUCUACUGGGUGCAGCUGAAAUAUUCCAGCAGCGACUGGCGCAACGCCACAGACAAAUACCUGUCAGGGGUGAACUGCACGAAUAUCACCGUCACGUGGUGUAACUUCACUGGCACCCCAACGGGCUUCUCCACGCACUUCAACGUCUCCUUGCGGGUCCGGGCCGAGCUGGGCGAGGAGUUUUCUCCCUGGGUGACUGUGCCCUGGUUCCAGCACUACCGGAACGUUACCAUCGGACCGCCAAAGGUCAUCUGGGUGACUCCAGAAGAAGACUCCCUUGCCAUCACUGUGUCCCCUCCCUUUGACAUAGAUGUCUCCUUGGCCACUUUUCAGUAUUAUCUCUAUUACUGGGAGAAGACAGCAAUGGAACAGAAUGACAGAGAGACACCACCAGCUACAAAGACUAAGGUGGAAGGCCCUUUCAGCAAGACUAACCUGGAGCUGCACGGUCUGAAGCCCACCAGCGUGUACUGUUUACAAGUGCAGGCACAGCUGCUGGGGGCAUACACAGGCCUGUCCAGUCCCGGGCUCCGAAGCCUCGUGUCUUGCCACGAAACAGCAGCGGAUGCCUCUCCCAGGCUCCAGCCAGUCAUCCCGGUCACCAUGGGCACCAUCUUGCUGUUGGCGCUGACGAGCGUCUUUCUCAUCCUGGUGCUGAAGUACAAAGGCCUGGUCAAGUACUGGUUUCACUCUCCGCCGAGCAUCCCAUUACAAAUAGAAGAGUACUUAAGGAACCCGACGGAGCCGAUCCUGGAGGCCUUGGACAAGGACAGCUCCCCCAAGGAUGACGCGUGGGACUCUGUGUCCGUGAUUGUGACUCCAGAGAAGGACUGAUAGUUUCCAGAGCGCUGUGGACCAAAGCACUGGCCAGGACCUCGGACGAGGACUCCACGCCCUGGAAGCUGGUGACGCCCUGCCAGGCCCUGGACCCCAUGUCCCUGCCUCCUACAGCAGACUGUGGGGUUGUGGUGGGUCUCAGGGAGACAGCUUAGUUUUUUCAAGAAUUUUCUAAACUGCGCAAGUUUCUAGAAUGAUGCUAAAGAGAAAUCCAAGUCAAAAUGAGAUUUAUCUGAAACACUAAAAGGACAUGUAAAUUGGCCCUCCCUGGUGGCGAACUCCCGCCUGCCCCGGAGGUGACCACAUGGCGUGGCAGACCUCUCCUGACC